GUAUGAGUUUAAUCGUUUCGUGGCGAAAGCAUUUAAGUAUUUUAGGAAGACUGACGUUUCCUUUUUUCAUUUCUAGAGUUUUAACAUUAAGUAAUAUUUGGUUAAAGUCGUUGUUUUACACAAGAAAAAUUCAAAAUGAUGUCCUUAAAUCCCAUCUCGAUUUACAACUAUGGUGCAGAUGAGGAAAGAGCUGAAAUUGCAAGAAUGUCCUCAUUUGUUGGUGCUGUUGCUAUUGGUGAUUUAGUGAAAAGCACUUUGGGUCCAAAAGGCAUGGACAAAAUCCUGAUGAGCCCAGGACCAUCUGCUACUCAUGAGCCUAAUAUCACUGUCACAAAUGAUGGAGCCACAAUAUUGAAGUCUGUUGGAGUCGAUAACCCAGCUGCAAAAGUACUUGUAGAGUUAGCAAAAGUACAAGAUGAUGAAGUAGGAGAUGGAACGACUUCCGUCACGGUGUUGGCUGCAGAGUUGCUUCGGGAAGCUGAAAAACUUGUAAACCAAAAAUUCCACCCUCAAACCAUAAUUCGUGGAUGGCGUCGUGCAUUGGAAGCAGCAAGAGAAGCUCUGGAAAAAGCAGCAAUUGAUAAUGGGAAUGAUGAAGAAAAAUUCAAGGAAGACUUAAUGAAUGUAUCAAGGACCACCCUCAGUUCAAAACUCCUCACUCAGCACAAGGACUUUUUCGCAAAGAUGGCGGUUGAUGCUGUGCUUAGAUUAAAGGGAAGUGGAAAUUUGGAAGCUAUUCAGAUUAUUAAAAAGCUUGGUGGUACUAUGACCGAUUCGUUUUUGGAAGAAGGUUUUUUAUUGGAUAAGAAAAUUGGAAUGAAUCAACCAAAACGCAUCGAAAACGCUAAAAUUUUGAUUUCUAAUACUUCAAUGGACACUGACAAAAUCAAGAUCUUCGGCUCCAGGGUUCGUGUAGACGGAACAGCCAAAGUUGCCGAGAUAGAAUUGGCUGAAAAACAGAAAAUGAAAGAAAAAUGUGAGAAGAUUAUCAACCAUGGGAUUAACUGUUUCAUCAACAGGCAGUUAAUAUACAACUACCCAGAGCAGCUGUUUGCUGAUGCAGGUGUUAUGGCAAUAGAGCAUGCUGACUUUGAAGGUGUGGAACGUCUAGCUUUGGUACUAGGUGGGGAAAUCUGCUCCACAUUUGACCGACCUGAUCUGGUUCAGUUGGGCCAUUGUGACCUCAUAGAAGAGGUUAUUAUUGGUGAAGACAGAUUAUUGAAGUUUUCAGGAGUUGCACGGGCUGAAGCGUGUACAAUUGUUCUUCGUGGGGCAACUCAGCAAAUUUUGGACGAGUCCGAGCGCUCUCUGCACGACGCGCUUUGCGUGCUUCAACGCACAGUGGCCGAGACACGCACCGUGCAAGGAGGGGGUUGUUCUGAAGCCCUUAUGGCCUGCGCAGUGCAACAACUUGCCAUGAAAACUCCAGGAAAGGAAUCGGUGGCAAUGGAAGCAUUUGCAAGAGCUCUUAUGCAGAUCCCGAUUACAAUUGCUGACAAUGCUGGUUAUGAUAGCUCAGAUCUUGCUGCUCAGUUGAGAGCUGCACAUGCUGAAGGAAAGAACACAAUGGGUCUGGACAUGGAACAGGGAGAAAUAGCUUGCAUGCAGAAACUAGGGAUCACAGAGUCUUUCCAAGUGAAGAGACAGGUCCUUGUCAGUGCUGCUGAAGCAGCUGAAAUGAUCAUUAGAGUUGACAACAUCAUUAAAUCUGCGCCCAGGCAAAGACAACCAGAUCACCCACAUUAAACAAGCACUGUGCAUGAACUGAAGCAGUAAAUAUACAGAGGCAGCUGUUUGCAUGUUUGUUCCAUGUAGUAACUUUUGUGUGUUGCAGCGCCGUAACCUAUUUACACUAUAAAAUACUUCUUUUGGUA